AAGAUGAUUUAAAGUGGGACUUUAUUUGGAUUUCAGUCACAUUUUUGUUGCUUUAUAAAGUUCCUUCUCAAUAUGUUCCCUAUAACACCAGUUUUGAGACUUGUGACCUCUUUUUCCUACCCGUAAAUCUGUAUUAGUAAUCUCUUGACAUAUAACGCCGUCACCCUGAACCUCCUGAAGAAACAAACUGUGCUGAUGCAAAGUCAUCUGACAAUCAGCCAACUUGAAAUGACCGCUGAGUCAACAACUGAGGCAGAUGGGCAAACAGUUUGGCGUCUGCAAACCGAUAUUGCAAAAGUAAAAGAAUUAUCCCUGAAGUUUAAAAGGGAUCAAACAUCCAUUCAGCAUUUUCGUUCUUUCACAAUUAAAGCACCAUUUAUUUACUUAGUUUUCUAGAAGUUGAAUGUCAUUUUUUGCAUGCUUAAAGAGAGUUUUGCUCUAACAAUGCUGCAUUAAGAAUUGUUUCAUUUCUAAAAAUAAACACAAAUGCAGCUUCCCAAAGGAGACUUCUGUUUACAUCCGGAGUGUUUCCCAGAGACAAUUUCUUAUCAACUUCCCCUUUUGGCAACAGUGUCCACUCCACAAAUGGUCAUAAAGUUACUUCAUUUCUAACUUUAGCUAUAAUUUAAAGCAUACAUAUGACAGCAGGAAACUGUACUUUGCCUUGAUAUUUAGUCAGAUAUUGCAACCACUUCCUCCUAACGUCCCUCCCUUUCCAUAACAGCCCUCCCUUUGUCCUGGCGUCCUGGCCCCUCCUUUUGUCAAGUCUCCACAGGCAAACUUCUCAAGUCCACGCCCCUGCACGGCAGCACUCCAACACAUGCUUCCAGUAGCAGCGAUGAUCAGCUGCUCCGACCUGUGGGGGAACUGGGAUCGAGAGACAUUUUUCCACACACCUGCUCGUGAGAGGGACUGGAUAAGUCAUGGAGAUGAGCCGGAGAAGUGUGGAAUCCAUAGCGUUCUGACAUGGCUCUGACCACAGACUACCACUGCGAGAUCAACAGGGAGUGGCUGUUAAGUUGUUUCACAAUAUCUGCAGCAUCAGAGAAUUCCUUGUUUUCCUCUGGUCUUUUGCCCAGCUACAAUGGACCUGACGUUGUGGCAGUACCAGUUCCGGAUCAUCAUGCUGGGGGACUCCACCGUGGGGAAGUCUUCUCUGCUGAAGCGCUACACUGAGGACUUGUUCCUGGAGUCCAUCAACCAAACUGUAGGUGUGGACUUCUAUGUCAGCUUCCUGGAGGUGGAGCCGGGGGUGCGUGUCAAGCUGCAGUUUUGGGACACGGCCGGGCAGGAGAGGUUCAGGUCAGUGACACGCUCCUACUACCGCAACUCCGUCGGAGGCCUGCUGGUGUUCGACAUGACCAACCGAGACUCCUUUGACCACAUCAAAGAGUGGCACGACGAGGUGUGCGAGCGAGUGCAGCCGCACAAGGUUCUGUUCGUCCUGGUGGGCCAGAAGAGCGACAGGGACGCCGACGGCGAGAGGGCGGUGAGCCGCGUGGAGGCCGAGAAACUGGCCGGACAGCUCGGGCUGCCCUACGUGGAGGCCUCGGCGAAGACUGGCCACAACGUCAGGGAGUGCUUUGAGCUCCUCACCCGACGGGUUUAUCAGGGUCUGCUGAGCGGCGAGGUCGAGCUGCAGGAGGGCUGGGAUGGCGUUAAGUGUGCCGCCCCGCAGGCACUGCAGCUCCAAAAGGCCAGCAGUUCUCAAGCCAGCGCGGCUUCAAAGAAAAAGAAAUGUUGUGAGUAAAUGCUGGACGGACAACAAGCACUCUCAAAGGAGGAGGGGAAACUUAUGGCUGGGAUGUUCACUAAAAUGUUGUUUUUUUGCCUAUGAAAGUAAGCCGGUACCAUGAGACGAACGGAUCCAUAACAAAUAAAAACUUUUGUGGUGGCA